CGUUGACUUGGUUAGGAUCCAAACAGGGAAUCGGGGAGGAACCAGAUCCGAACCCUUUUGCGUACACCCAAAAUCCCAUGGGAAGGGGAUUAAAAAGCACAAACAAGAGUUACAAGACAACCCAAAACUGUUAUGAUCUUCUGUGAGCUCAGCAAAGAAGGAAAGGGAGAAAAGAAGAUAGUGGUCCUUUGCCUGGUUCCAAAGAUAUCUCCAACAUAGCAAUCGAAUGAAACUAUACUUGUGAAGAACGAAGAUAUGGCCGAUAAGGGUCGGACUUUGCCCGUUGAUCGGAAUCUUCCUCGAUGGGUGUGCCAGAACUGCCGCCACUCCCUUUGCAUCUCUGGCGUCGAUUCCUACGCCGAAAAAUUCUUAAUCGAUUCCUCUUCUCGCUCCGCGAUGCAGGGCUUUUCAAUGCAUGGGGCUAACAGUGUGCUAGGCUCAACGCGAAUGGACAAUUCUUUUGUUGUGUUGCCAAAACAAAGACCCCAAGCACAGGGAGUCCCACCGCGUCCUCGCAAUGGAGCUGUUCAGCCUGAUACGGGCCAGUCUGGAAAGGCCAUGGAAGAGUCUUUUGUGGUUGUAUAUAAAUCUGAGCCUGCAGCUGAUGGAGGUGGGACACAUUUACCAUCACUAGAAGGAGGACCAAAUGGACAGUUGCAGCCCAACAAUGCUGGGUUUCACUCUACCAUAACUGUCCUGAAACGUGCCUUUGAGAUUGCUACAUCCCAGACACAGGUUGAGCAACCUUUAUGCCUUGAGUGCAUGAGGGUGUUGUCUGAUAAACUUGACAAGGAGGUUGAAGAUGUAAACAGAGACAUUGAAGCAUAUGAAGCCUGCCUUCAGCGCUUGGAGGGGGAAACACGAGAUGUUCUUAGUGAGGCUGAUUUUCUUAAGGAGAAACUUAAGAUUGAAGAAGAAGAGAGAAAGCUUGAAGCAGCAAUUGCGGAAAUAGAGAAACAAAACACAGAAAUUAAUGCUGAACUGAAGGAACUGGAGUUGAAAUCUGUCCGCUUCAAAGAGUUGGAAGAGCGGUAUUGGCAAGAGUUCAAUAAUUUUCAGUUUCAGUUGAUUUCACAUCAGGCAGAUUUUUUAUGGAUGAAUAAACAGGAAGAGAGAGAUGCAAUUCUAGCGAAGAUUGAAAUUUCACAAGCUCAUUUGGAGCUGUUGAAGCAAACUAAUGUUCUCAAUGAUGCCUUCCCCAUCCAUCAUGAUGGAGAAUUUGGAACAAUAAACAAUUUCCGACUUGGAAGACUUCCUAAAAUUCCGGUCGAAUGGGAUGAGAUAAAUGCUGCCUGGGGCCAAGCUUGUCUUCUCCUCCACACAAUGUGUCAAUAUUUCAAGCCAAAAUUUCUAUAUCGAAUAAAAAUGCUUCCUAUGGGGAGCUACCCUCGAAUUAUGGACACCAACAACAGUGUUUAUGAUCUGUUUGGUCCAGUGAACUUAUUUUGGAGUACUCGCUAUGACAAAGCAAUGACAUUGUUCUUAACAUGCCUCAAGGACUUUGCUGAGUUUGCAUACUUGAGGGAUCAAGAAAACAACAUUCCACCUGAGAAAAGAUUUAAACUUCCAUACAAGAUUGAGAAUGACAAAGUGGAAAACCACUCUAUUACCCAGAGUUUCAAUAAGCACGAGAAUUGGACCAAAGCUCUCAAGUAUACUCUCUGCAAUUUGAAAUGGGCUCUCUAUUGGUUUAUUGGAAAUACAAACUUUCAGCCUCUUAAUACAAUGGCGGCUUCACGUGUUGAAGUUCCAGCCGUAAGUUCUUUUUACACAAAGCGUGCUGCCGAUUCCAAGUCUGAAUCUCGACACAUAUCAAAACAGUGAAACCAUGAUAGAGAAUUGAAAUGCAUGGAAAUAUGCCAACUUGUGAAUAGAAAUAGGGUCAGCUAAGUAACCGUGAUCACAUCUUCAUAUGUAAUGUAUAUUCUCUCGCAAGAUUAGAAUGGGAAACAUUUUCUUUUCUGUUUGACCUUUUGUGUAUUGGCCAAAAUGAUAAAAUCUCAUGUAGGCUGUAUUCUGAAUUCGAUUUACUGAAAUAACCUAGUUUGUAGAAUUUAGAUGUAUAA